CGUCGGCGAGCUUGGGGAGAAGCCCUGGUUUCCGGGCUGGUGGGGGGUUGCUGCGGGCCCUGGCGUGGGAUGGAGCGGCCCCCGGUGGGCGCGGCGCUGCGGGGGCAGCCCGGGGGCAGCUGCGGCCCCUGGGAAAUGCGGGAGCGGCUGGGAACUGGCGGCUUCGGCAACGUCUGUCUGUACCAGCACCAGGAUUUAGGUGAUAAGAUAGCUAUUAAAUCUUGUCGACUGGAACUAAGCAUGAAAAACAAAGACCGGUGGUGCCAUGAAAUCCAAAUCAUGAAGAAGUUAAACAACCCCUAUGUAGUAAAGGCCUGUGAUGUUCCAGACGAGAUGAACUUCCUAGUUAAUGAUGUCCCUCUUCUUGCAAUGGAGUACUGUUCAGGAGGUGAUCUCAGAAAGUUGUUAAACAAACCAGAAAAUUGCUGUGGACUUAAGGAAAGUCAAAUACUUUCUCUGCUUUGCGACAUUGGGUCGGGUAUCCAGUAUUUGCAUGAAAACAGAAUUAUACACAGAGAUCUAAAGCCUGAAAAUAUUGUUCUCCAGGAUGAUGGUGGAAAGAUAAUUCAUAAAAUAAUAGACUUGGGAUAUGCCAAAGAUCUGGAUCAGGGAAGUUUAUGUACAUCAUUUGUUGGGACCUUACAAUAUUUGGCCCCAGAACUCUUUGAGAGUAAGUCCUACACUGUUACUGUAGAUUAUUGGAGCUUUGGAACAAUGGUGUUCGAGUGUAUUGCAGGAUUUAGACCCUUUUUACACAAUCUACAGCCAUUUACCUGGCAUGAAAAAAUCAAGAAAAAGGAUCCAAAGCACAUUUUUGCUUUUGAAGAGAUGACUGGGGAGGUUCGGUUUAGUACCCAUUUGCCACAGCCUAACAGUCUUUGUAGUAUAAUUGUAGAACCAAUGGAGAGUUGGUUACAACUGAUGCUGAAUUGGGAUCCACAGCAGAGGGGUGGAGGUAUAGACACAGAAACCAAUCGACCGAAAUGUUUCCUGUUAAUGGAUCACAUACUGAAUUUGAAGAUAGUACACAUCUUAAAUAUGACUUCUGCCAAGAUUGUUUCUUUUCUCUUGCAUCCUGAGGAAAGUCUUCAUUCACUUCAGUCUCGCAUUGAGCUUGAUACUGGAAUAAGUACUGGAAAUCAAGAGUUGCUUUUGGAGAUGGGAAUUUCCCUGGAUCCUCGGAAACCUGCUUCCCAAUGUGUUAUUGAUGGUGUGAGAGGCUGGGACAGUUACAUGGUUUAUUUGUUCGAUAAAAGCAAAAUCGUGUAUGAAGGACCCUUUGCUUCCAGAAGUCUGUCUGACUGUGUAAAUUACAUUGUUCAGGACAGCAAAAUCCAGUUGCCAAUUUCACAGCUGCGUAAAGUGUGGGCAGAAGCCGUGCACUAUGUGACUGGGCUAAAAGAAGAUUACAGCCGGCUAUUCCAAGGGCAGAGAGCUGCAAUGUUGAGUCUUCUUCGAUAUAAUGCUAACUUAACCAAGAUGAAAAAUAAUAUGGUGUCCGCAUCUCAGCAACUGAAAGCAAAGAUGGAAUUCUUUCAUCAGAGUAUUCAUCUUGAUCUGGAGAGAUACAGUGACCAGAUGGCUUAUGGAAUAUCCUCAGAAAAGAUGCUCAAAGCCUGGAAGGAAAUGGAAGUAAAGGCCAUCCAGUGUGCUGAGGCUGGAGAUAUCGGAUACCUAGAUGAACAGAUUAUGGCUCUGCACACAGAGAUUGUGGAACUGCAGAGGAGUCCAUAUGCAAGGCGCCAGGGAGAUGUCAUGGAGAGUCUUGAACAAAAAGCCAUAGAACUAUACAAGCAAUUAAAACCAAGACCUCCAGAUCACGCCUACAGUGACAGCACUGACAUGGUGAAGAUUAUCGUGCAGACAGUGCAGAGCCAGGAUCGAGUUCUCAAGGAGCUCUUUGGACACCUUAGCAAGCUGUUAGGCUGUAAGCAGAAGAUUAUUGAUUUGCUUCCAAAGAUUGAAGUGGCUCUGAAUAACAUCAAGGAGGCUGACAGCUCUGUGAUGCAGAUGCAGGGAAAAAGGCAGAGGGAGAUCUGGCAUUUGCUGAAAAUAGCUUGUACUCAGAGUUCUGCUCGAUCUCUUGUGAGUUCCAGCAUCGAAAGUGCAGCCACCCCUCCAACUGCUACAUGGUUGCCUCCGAACUCCUCUGGCAACAUACCCCAUCCCCUCUCUUCUAUGGCAGCUCCUAGAGAUGGGGAAGUUUUUGCCCGUGUGAUAGAAGAGAAUCUGAACUAUCUGGACCGCUUUAGCACUAUCAUUCAAGAGGCAAAACAGGAGCAGAACAGCAGCAUGAUGAGUUUUGAUUGGAGUUGGCUGAAAUAAUUAAGGAAGUCAAGCGGGCAUUGUUGCCAUCCCCAAUAUGUCCAUGUGCUCAAGGUUGGCUGACAGUCUGCGAUGAGAUGAAACAGCCCAGUAUCAACGUUGUGCUGUUGAUUCCACACUCUGCUGAUUCAGGACUGAAUAAUCUUCUCUCCCACUGCAUCCAGAUGACAGUUAGUUCUGCAAGAGGCAUUUUGUGUUUUGUAGAUGUUAGCGGACUUGAUUAUAAAGUACAUGGGCAGCAACAGAGACCCUACCUUGUAUGUUUUGCUGCUAGAGGCAAAUGUUUUCCAACCUGCUGCCUCAUUUCAGGGCUUUUAAAUCCAUAUUAAGCUACCUAAAGAAGUAGCCUGAUUUUCAGAGAUGCUGAGUGAUCCUGGCUCCCACUACAUCCCUGGGCACUGCAGAUGCUCAGCACAUUUGAAAAUGACACCCUUUAUAUUUAGAAGCUUUUUAGGCACCUGGGUUUGGUUUGAAAAUGUUUGCAAUGGCCAGUCUUUCUGGCAGUAUGACCCGUCCAUGCAGUCUGUGCCUGAUAGGCACUGCUAAGGGAGGCAGCUGUUGCUCUGACAGAUGAGCUGAGAUUAGAGCACUGUUCGAAAUGUUCUGUCUAUGGAGAACCUCUCCUGGCGGGAUGUCCUCUGCCUCAGCAUUUGGCGUUAAUUUGUUUGGUGCUAGAGCUGCUGUGAGCUCUAGGGGAAAGCAGAGGGGGCAGGUACCAGGGAGGUGUUCUCCUUAUUUCCUCUGAGUAGGGAGAAGGCAGGGAGUGCCUUCUAGGUGCAGACAGAUAUCUGCCUUAAGUGGACAAGAUGCACAGUACAGGCUACAGCAGUAUCUGCAGUGUCCUGCUGGGGUGCUGGGCUACUGCACCCUUUUCUCCUGGGGCAGGCAUCUCACAUGCAAAAUGAUGUAUUACUUACGUUAUCUUGCACCCCAACCCCCACUAAAUCCCAACCAUCUGAGCCCUGGUCUGCGGAAUGCAAUUUCUGAUGGAUGAAAGAAAAACACUACAGCCAUGGCUUUCCACCCCGAUGUGCACUCUUAUCUACCGAGAAGCAGUUUUGACAGGUGUUUCUUACUGAUCAGGAAAUACUCUCCAAUUCCAAACAGACGGAAUUUUAUAUCCACUGGCUACUUUAAAAUAUUUAAGACUUCUAUUUGUUCAUUUGUGAUAAAUAUUAUAUUAUGUAGAA